CUCGCUUCAUUUCUCAAUUUCCAUAUCUUUCUACUAAUGGAAGAGAGACCAGAGACAGAGUUGAUAUCGAUUCCGGCAACGCCACGUGUGUCGACGCCGGAGAUACAGACGCCGUCAGGACAGAGGUCUCCCAGACCGGCUUCCAAGGAGAAUAAGUCGUCGGCAUGGACGCCGACGUCGUUUAUUUCUCCGAGGUUCUUGAGUCCUAUAGGGACUCCAAUGAAGAGGGUUUUAAUCAAUAUGAAAGGUUACUUGGAAGAAGUGGGUCAUCUCACUAAGCUCAACCCUCAAGAUGCUUGGCUUCCCAUCACUGAAUCUCGUAAUGGUAACGCUCAUUACGCUGCGUUUCAUAACCUCAAUGCCGGGGUUGGGUUCCAAGCUCUGGUCUUGCCUGUCGCUUUUGCUUUUCUUGGCUGGAGUUGGGGUAUAUUGGCCUUAACUAUAGCCUACUGUUGGCAACUUUAUACCUUAUGGAUUCUGGUUCAGUUACAUGAAGCUGUCCCGGGAAAGAGGUACAAUAGAUAUGUGGAGCUCGCUCAAGCUGCUUUUGGUGAAAGAUUAGGAGUUUGGCUUGCUCUCUUCCCAACAGUUUAUUUAUCAGCAGGAACUGCAACAGCUUUGAUUCUCAUAGGAGGGGAGACCAUGAAAUUAUUCUUCCAGAUUGUUUGUGGGCCUCUAUGUUCCUCGAAUCCUCUGACAACGGUCGAGUGGUAUCUGGUGUUCACUUCGUUGUGCAUUGUCCUAUCUCAGCUCCCGAAUCUUAAUUCUAUUGCAGGACUCUCUCUAGUAGGAGCUGUGACGGCCAUCACUUAUUCCACUAUGGUGUGGGUGCUCUCUGUUAGCCAACAAAGGCCGCCUACAAUCUCUUAUGAACCUCUCUCACUUCCAUCAUCCGCCGCAGCUUUCUUCUCUGUCAUGAAUGCUCUUGGAAUCGUAGCAUUUGCAUUCAGAGGCCAUAAUUUAGUUUUAGAGAUUCAGGCAACAAUGCCAUCAACAUUUAAACACCCUGCUCAUGUCCCCAUGUGGAGAGGAGCGAAGGUUGCUUAUUUCUUCAUUGCAAUGUGCCUUUUCCCUGUUGCCGUUGGAGGCUUUUGGGCUUAUGGAAACCUUAUGCCUUCGGGAGGGAUUCUGAAUGCGCUCUACGGGUUUCACAGUCACGACAUUCCAAGAGGGCUUCUUGCACUGACUUUUAUUCUUGUAGUAUUCAACUGUCUAAGCAGUUUCCAAAUAUAUUCAAUGCCCGUUUUCGAUAGCUUUGAAGCAGGAUAUACUAGUCGUACAAACCGGCCUUGCUCGAUCUGGGUUCGAUCCGGUUUUCGAGUUUUCUACGGAUUUGUCAACUUCUUCAUAGGGGUGGCACUGCCAUUCCUUUCGAGUCUUGCUGGACUGUUAGGAGGACUCACUCUUCCGGUUACGUUUGCUUAUCCAUGUUUCAUGUGGGUUCUAAUAAAAAGGCCAACCAAAUACAGCUUCAAUUGGUAUUUCAAUUGGAUCCUGGGUUGGCUUGGUAUUGCCUUCAGCUUGGCCUUCUCCAUUGGUGGCGUUUGGAGUAUAGUGAACAAUGGACUUAAGUUGAAAUUCUUCAAACCCAGUUAAGAAGAUGACAAAACAGCUAAAACUGGCUUUUGAUGUUUCAAUGUCAGCCAAGAAUCAUGUUAUAUAUAAUAUUGCACGUUGUAUCUCUGAAAAUUUUCCAUUUUUGGCUCCUUGAGUUAUCCUUAUCCUGUCUUAAAACAAAGAAAGAUGUACUCGUAAUGUUGUCCAGA